AUGGCGACCUCGGAGGUGAACUGGGAAGACCAGCAGCACAUCUGCGCGUUCGGUCGAUUCAACACCCGCCUGCACGAGGUGAACGCGGAGCUCCGCGCGAAGUCGAAAAUGGCGGAGGACCUGGAAGAAGCGUCCAACGAGCUCAUCAUCACGGACGACGACGCGGUGCAGUACUCCGUCGGGGAGACGUUCAUCGCGGUGGACAACGACACCGCGGAAACGAUGUUGGAGAAGGCGGCGGAUGAGACGAGAGAGGAGGUCGCCAAGCUGGAGAAGGAGAGAGACGAGCUGAAGAGCGCGAUGGCGGAGCUCAAGACGAAGCUGUACGGGAAGUUCGGUAACUCGAUCAACCUCGAGGAGGAUUGA